AUGAAGUUCUUGCACUUUAUCGUUCUCAAUCUCUUCAUUGUCACCUGCUUGUUUGCUGCGGCUACGUUUUCUUCUGCAGCAGAGGCUGAUAUCCAUAACUUCCAAUCUAAUGCCAAAGAUCUUCUUUCCAUAUUUAGCAGAUCAAUCUACAAGAAGCCAUCAGAUUUCAUUAGGGAGCUCCUUUCCAAUGCUGCAGAUGCCCUUAACAUUAAAAGAUUGUCAUCACUUACUCUUGGCGGAGGCUCCACCGAAGAAUACAAAGUUUCGGUGAUUUGCAACCCCAUCAAGAAGGAAUUGAUGUUCAUUGACACGGGAUGUGGUAUGGACGACGUAGAUAUGCGAGCAAAUCUUGGCACCUUUGCCAAAUCGGGAACCAAAGAAAAAAUGCAACAAAUAAAGGCAACAAAUUCCUCGACCCAUUCAGAGCUUAUUGGUCAAUUUGGACUUGGGUUCUAUUCUGCAUUUAUUGUUGCGGACACGGUUACUGUUGUUUCUAAAAAGCACUCUUCUGACGGUACAGCGCACAAAAAAUAUGUGUGGAAUUGCAAUAUUAACGAUGGAAAUUAUACGAUUAAAGAGAUUAAAGACGAUGACCCCUUGGAGCGAUCGUUUCCCAUCUCUAGUGGCACCAAGGUCAUCCUCCACAUUUCCGACGAAAGAUUGUUGAGAGACAUUUCAGAUGAACUUGCUGAUGAUGAGCAGGAAAAGCUUGACUUUCUUGAUCCCGAUUAUUUGAAAGAACUUAUCAUCGAGUAUUCUCAGUAUAUCUCAUACCCAAUCUAUUUGGUUUACAACAAAACAGUUACUUCUGAGGUUCCAUUGGACGUGGAAGAAGAAAAACCCUCAACACAUGAUGAGGAGAUUAAAGUUGAAGAAGAGGACGAUGAGUCAAAGGCCAAAAAGACCACCAAAACCGUCACAUCUGAAGAAGUUGUCACGGAAAAGGUAAACAUACAAAAGCCUAUUUGGGCCGAUUCUUCCUCAAGUGUCACUGCUGAGCAGUAUAACACCUUUUACAAGACCACAUUUAAGGAAUCCUCUGAUCCCAUAAUACAUCAAAGAGGAUCUGGUAGCAUUUCGUUGAAAACAUCGGUGGACUUCCAAUACCUCAUUUACAUUCCAAAGACACCCUCAUUUCAGCCAUUUUCUGGCGAAGACAUCCCCAAGUUUCUCAAGCUUUAUGUGAAGAGAGUGUUUGUCACCGAUGAGUUUGGCGAAAUGUUUCCCAGAUACUUGUCAUUUAUUAGGGGGGUCGUUGAUGUAGAGGAUCUUCCAUUGAACGUGUCUCGUGAAAGUUUACAAGACCUUACGGCGCUCAAAUCGGUCUUCAAAUAUCUUGCUAACAAAGUGGUUGGGCUUAUUCACAGUCUGUCAAAGAACAUCACGGCGUACGAGCCGUUUUAUAAGCAAUAUUCUGGCCACAUCAAGCUGGGUAUCAUUGUUGAGAAGGAUCAAAAACGCAAGGAUUCCCUGGUGCCUUUGUUGCACUUUAAGUCGUCCCAUAAUGUUAGCGGUGUCUUUCUGGAUGAAUAUAUCUCAAGAAUGCCAGAAAUGCAGACCGAAAUAUACUUUGUCACCGGCAGUUCGGUCAAAGAAAUGCGAAAGCUUCCCCAAAUUGAGAUGGCCAUAAAGAAGGGCUAUGAAGUGCUGUAUUUGGAUGAGUCCUUUGACGAAUACUUGGUCCAGGCCACUCCCACCUAUAAAGGAAAAGUUCUCCGCAAUCUUGCCAAAUCGGGCGUCAAUCUUUCUGACGAGUCUGAAAAGCAGAAGCUAGAAGAAGCUCAAAAGAGGUUCAAGCCAUUGACUGCUCAUAUGCAGAAGCUUUUUGCAUCCACCAUCGAAAAGGUGGUUGUAUCCGGUAAUCUCGACCGUUCUCCCGUUGCCAUUAGUGCCUCUGCCAAUGGAAUUUCUCCGCAAAUGGAAAAGCUUUUAAAGGCAAACAAGAACGAUUUUAUGGCCCAAUACUAUUUGGGGCAAAAAAAGAUUCUUGAGAUCAAUCCGGAGCAUCCUUUAAUCCAGUCAAUGUUGGAUGAUGUCGUUUCCGCCUCAGAGCCCGUCGAAGAGUCGGACAAGAAUAUGAAGUUGCUCUACUACUCCGCCCUCUUGCAUUCCGGGUACGAAAUAUCCAAUCCUGCCGAGUUUUCCCAGGCAAUUGAAGACAUGCUGCGUUCCAAAUAUGGACUGAGCUCUACAAGCAAACGUGAGGAAACCCAGGAGGAUUUAUUUUCUCAAAAGGAAAAUCCCAUGUUUUCGUUCCCAAAUAUGGAGGAUUUUGGCUUAAAUUCGGAAGAGGCCGCAGAAGCCAACCUUGACGAGAAAAUGGCUGCUGAGUAUGCGGCCAUGGAUGCUGCUGCAGAGCAUGAGGAGAUUUAA